AUGAAGUUCCUCACCCUCGCCUGUCUGGCGACAUCGGCCGUCGCCGGCGUCGUCAACCGCGAGCCCCCUACUGGGGUGUAUGAGCGCGAUCUGCCCCUCAUCACUGGCAUCAUCAGCAACGUCGGCAAUGGCCUCGACAGCCUGGACAGCGCCGUCAAGUCCUUCAGCGGCGACUCCAAGCCCGUCGAGGACGCGUCCGCGGCCCUCGUCGCCACACUCAAGGACGGAAAGACAAAGGUCGAUGCCUCGGGGGACCUGACCCUGGGCGACGCUCUCGGCCUCCAGGACCCCGUCAAGUCUCUGCAGACCAAGGGCGAGACUCUUCUCACCGAUCUCAAGGCCCGCAAGGCCGACAUCGAGAAGCACAACUUGUGCGCCAUCACUCGCCAGCAGGUCACGGACAUCAACACCAACUCCAACGCCCUCAUCAACUCCAUCGUCUCCAAGGUUCCUGCUCUGGCCCAGGACAUUGCCAAGUCGCUUGCCGCGCCCUUGAUCGAGACGCUGAAGAAUGCCCAGUCGGAGUUCAGCGAGGCCAACUGCAAGGACUCGGGCGUCCCCAGCACGACUACGUCGGCUCCUCCCCAGACCACUCCGACGACUGCUCCCCCGGAGACCACUCCGACAACCGCUCCCCCAAAGACCACUCCGACGACCGCCCCCCCGGAGACCACUCCGACGACCGCUCCUCCGGAGACUACCACCACGGACUGUGACGAGACCACCACCACGGCCCCUCCGCAGACCACUACCACGGACUGCGAUGAAACCACCACCACGUCUCCUCCAGAGACCACGCCGUGUGAGACGGAGACGGAGACGACGGCUGCUCCCACGACCACUAAGCCUGGCGAGACCACCACUCCCUGCGAGACGGAGACGGAGUCUACUGCGGUUCCCACCACCACCAAGCCCGGCGAGACCACCACUCCCUGUGAGACGGAGACGGAGUCGACGGUUGCUCCCACAACCACCAAACCCGGCGAGACGACCAAGCCUGGCGAGACUACUACUCCUUGCGAGACGGAGACGGAGACGACCGUCGCUCCCUCUACUACUAAGCCUGGUGAGACCACCAAGCCCGGUGAGACCACCACGCCUUGCGAGACGGAGACGGAGACGACCGUCGCUCCUACCACCACGAAGCCCGGCGAGACCACAAAGCCUGGUGAGACGACUCCUUGCGAGACGGAGACCCAGCCCACUGGUGUUCCGACUACCACCAAGCCUGGUGAGACGACCAAGCCUGGCGAGACGACCAAGCCCGGCCAGACCACCAAGCCCGGUGAGACUACUCCUUGCGAGACGGAGACUCAGCCCACUGGCGUUCCCACCAUCACCAAGCCUGGCGAGACCACUAAGCCCGGCGAGACCACGAAGCCUGGUGAGACGACUCCUUGCGAGACGGAGACCCAACCCACUGGUGUCCCGACUACCACGAAGCCUGGCGAGACGACUCCUUGCGAGACGGAGACCCAACCCACUGGUGUCCCGACUACCACCAAGCCUGGCGAGACGACCAAGCCUGGCGAGACUACCAAGCCUGGCCAGACCACCAAGCCCGGUGAGACUACUCCGUGUGAGACGGAGACCCAACCCACGGGUGCUCCCACGACACAGCCGGGCGAGACCACGCCUUGCGAGACGACCGGCCCGGGUGCCACCAACCCUCCGGCCCAGUCCACCACGGCGCCAGGCGGCAACCCCCCACCUUGCGAGACCUGCCACCCCGGCCAGAGCUCCACUCCUGGCGGUGUUCCUCCCCCGGCGAGCACUGGCGUUCCGGUUCCUCCGGUUGGCAGCACUGGCGCCCCCGUCCCUCCGGUUCAGAGCACCGGCGCCCCCGUCCCUCCGGCUGUGAGCACCGGAGCCCCCGUCCCCCCGGCUGAGAGCACCGCCGCUCCCGUCCCUCCCCAGGAGACGACGCUUGUCCCUGUUCCCAGCAACCAGCCCCCGACCGAGACGCAGACUCAGUCCCCUCCUCCGGUCGUGACCGCCGGCGCCUCGUUGAUGGCUCCGGCUGGCGCUCUGGCCAUGGCCAUGGUCGUCGCGAUCGUCGUGUAA